UGGGAUCAUGACCUGAGCCAAAGGCAGACGCUUAACGACUGAGCCACCCAGGGGCCCCUACCAACAAAGUUCUUUAGAAUUAUUUUUUAUUUUGAUGUUCUAAGAGGUACACAACACACUAAAACAUUUGUAUGACUCUUGUAGAAAGAGAGUCUCAUGUUGUUGGAAAAAUAACCUUAGAAUUAAUGUAUUGGAUUUCUCUUCUCACCUUCAAACCCAGGUUUAGGUUAUGUGAUGUAAUGGCUAAUAGAACAAACCUUUGUGCCAGGUUGCACUAAGAUCCUAAGUUUAAUUAUGGAUUCAGCAUUUAUAGAUUUUAUAACUUUUGGCCAGUUAUCCCUUUGAGCUUCAGUUUUCCCAUUUGUAUUAUUACUCGUAUUCACUGUUACUGUUAUUUUACUACGAGAAAGCCAUUUUCCCCCCAUCUUUAAAAUAUGAAUAGUAGUUUUCUUUCCUAACCUUUAUGUAGGGAUAUGAGGAUAAAUGAUUUCAAGAAUGUGAAAACUUUUUUUCUUUCUUUUUUUUUUAAUUUUAAGAUUUAUUUAUUUGUGGGUCUCGUACUGAGGACCCUGAGAUCAAGAGUCGGAUACUCCAACUACUGAGUCAGUUCAAGAAUGUGAAAACUUCUCUAAUGGGACAGAUUCAGUGCCUAGAAUGUUAUUAGUAAUAAUAUACUAUUAUUAUUUAAAAGAUGUUUUUGCUUCCUGUGAGGAGGGAAAAAAACGACAACUAUUCCAUUAAGAAAGCAAAAGUACCCAGUAUAUGGGGGCAUUAAUAAAUAGAUAGCUCAGUUAGAAAUAUCUUGGCCCCAUUUGAAAAUGAGAUUAGAGUGUGAAUAUUGUGUUUUUUUUGUUUUUUUUAAGGAAGACUCUGUGCUGGGCCCUGUUCCUUAUUUUUAUUUGCUAUACAAGGUCUCUUGGUAGUCCUGCCUUUAGUAGUGGAGCACUAAAUGUCAAUUAGCAUAUGCCCAAUUUAAGUCCUUUGUAUCUCACUGCUUUUCUGCAUUGACCCAUUGGAAUGAAACUUCCAUUAGCCAGGGUAUUAACAUUCUAAGAUAAGUUUCCUUUUUACAAAUAAAAGAAUUCAAAUAGGUUAAUGUGAUGUGUUCGGCAUCAUGUGGGGAUUGAAAAUGCUCUUGAGUUUCUAGUCCUAUUUGCAGUUGUUCUUUCCUAGGGGAUAUUGGAAAAUGUAUGAGAAUGUCUUCAAUUGUCACACUGACAGUGGAGUGCUACUGGCAUUUAGUGACUGGGAGCCAAGUAUACUAAACACUCAGCAAUUUGAUGGACAGUCUCACAGGAACAAUUGUCCCACUCCCAAUGUCAGCUGUGCUUCCAUUUAAACAUGUUAAUUUCCCGCCUGGACAUCUCUCUGGGUGGUCAGUUUUCUUUCUCUAAUUCUCUUUUCUUAAUAGAAGUUCUUUUUUAAAGUUAAGUCCUUUUUGUUAGAGUGGCAUGUGAUUAAGUCCUUUUUCUGGAAAUAACCUGGUUUUGUUGGGAUUUUUUUGUUGCCAUGUUGGUGGGAAAGGCUGGGCAAGAAUCCUUCCGCUCUAUCACCCGUUCCUACUACAGGGGAGCAGCUGGAGCACUGCUAGUGUAUGACAUCACAAGGCGUGAAACCUUCAACCACCUGACGUCUUGGUUAGAGGAUGCCCGGCAACACUCCAGCUCCAACAUGGUUAUCAUGCUGAUUGGGAAUAAGAGAGAAAACACAUGCACCAGGCUGGGGGGCAGGAGGAGAGAGAGAAACAGAACACAAGCAAGAGGAGCGGCAGGCAGAAGGAGAAGGACAAGCAGACUCCUCAGAGCAAGAAGCCCACGUGGGGCUGGAUCCCAGGACCCAAAUGACUUAGAGUCCCGUAGGGACGUGAAGAGAGAAGAAGGAGAGGCCUUUGCCCGGGAGCAUGGACUUAUCUUCAUGGAAACUUCAGCCAAAACAGCCUGCAAUGUUGAAGAGGUACUACUUGGGAAAAAGUAGGGAGAGCUUUUGACAGAUGGCACCAUAUCUUUAUUCUUUUUUUUUUUUUUGUGAUCUUUAUUCUUUUAUUCAGAAUUUUCUUUUAUA